AUGAAGGCGAAAGACAAAGUCAAGAUGGCGUCGUUUACCUCGACCAACCCUUUCACAACCAAGUGGUCCGGCAUACCACCAAACGAAACGGAGGAGGAGGCGCAGAUUCGGGUUAAGCUGAUGCAAGAAGCAGUGCGGGUGUCAAAGGAAAUUGACCAAUCGCUAAACGAGGCCAAAAAAGCUAUCGAAAAGAAAAAGAAAGCUGUCAAGAUUUUGUUGCUUGGACAAUCAGAGUCCGGAAAGCUUGCGUUCGCACCCAAGCAUUUCGAAGAGGAGAGAGCAAUCUGGAAAACAAUCGUUCAACUAAAUCUUAUUGCGUCAAUACGGACGAUCUUAGAUGCGCUGAAAGAUGAGUAUGAGACGCCUGGCGCACCCCCACCAACCCCUACCGAAUCAUCGUUGCGUGGCCCUGCUCGUAAUCUGCGCCGCAUCCGACUAGGACUUUCACCUCUCUUCAUCAUCGAAACCAACCUUAUGAAGAUGCUGUCGCCAGAUGUCAGUGACGCGCGGGAGCUUUGUGUUCGAGCGGGAAGCGGGUGGAAAGAGCUCUUGGGUCACAGGGGAAAGAAGGGUGAUAACGGCCAGGAAUCUAAUGGUCGACCACGCUCACGCACGGUCAUCAACCAUGAGAAUGACCCAACGAACAUACUUUCUGCACAAAAAAGCGAUAUCAUUGCUUUAUGGGAGGAUCAGACGGUACAGGAUAUCCUUAGAAAGCGUGGUAUACGGUUAGAAGACCAACCUGGCUUUUUCAUGAAUGACGUUGCACGUAUCGCUACACAGGAAUACCAACCAACCGAUUCGGACAUCAUUCGGGCACGGAUACGAACAGUUGGGGUUGAAGAGCAUCACUUUUUGGUUGAACGAGGGGUUGAUGCCAACUCUGAUUUCUACAUCACGGACGUUGGUGGGACGAGGAACCAGAGAGCCUCUUGGGUGCCAUAUUUCGACGACGUCCAAGCCAUUCUAUUCCUUGCGCCACUUGCUUUUAACCAAUCAUUGGAGGAAGAUUCACGGGUCAAUCGACUGGAGGACAGCCUUACGCUCUGGAGGGACAUCUGUAGCAACAAACUGCUAGCAUCCGCCAAUCUCAUCCUAUUUUUCAAUAAGAAAGACGUCCUGAAUGCAACGCUUGCUGCAGGAGUGCCCGUCAAGAAAUUUGUUCCUAGUUAUGGCGAUCUACCCAACGAUGUUCCUCAUGUGACAAAAUAUUUCAAGGAAAAGUUCAAAAACUAUCAUAGAAAGAUGUCACCUAUGGCCAGGCCAUUUAUGUGUUACGAAACUUCGGCUAUUGAUAUCAACUCUAUGGCAGUAUUGCUAAUGGGUGUCCGCGAAUCUAUUCUCCGACAGCAUUUACGGGAUGGAGACAUCAUCUGA